CGUUAACUGGUUUGUAGUUUUAUCCAGGUGGCUGUGCGACACUGGGGGAACUCUUCUCCCAUUCCCUCUUGGCUCUUUGCGGCAGAAAGGUCUUGGCAAGCUCCGGGAGUCUGGCCUAGUAAUCUGUGCCCGGUGGGGGCGGGAUGGCUGCGGAAGACGAGGACGAGGUGGAAUGGGUGGUGGAGAGCAUCGCGGGGUUCCUGCGAGGUCCUGACUGGUACAUCCCCAUCUUGGACUUUGUGGAGCGGAAAUGUGAAGUUUUUGAUGAUGAAGAAGAAAGCAAAUUGACCUAUACGGAGAUUCAUCAGGAAUACAAAGAACUAGUUGAAAAGUUGUUAGAAGGUUACCUCAAAGAAAUUGGAAUUAAUGAAGAUCAGUUUCAAGAAGCAUGCACUUCUCCUCUUGCAAAGACUCGAACAUCACAGGCCAUUUUGCAACCUGUGUUGGCAGCAGAAGAUUUUACUAUCUUUAAAACAAUGAUGGUCCAGAAAAACAUUGAAAUGCAGCUGCAAGCCAUUAAAAUAAUUCAAGAGAGAAAUGGUGUGUUACCUGACUGCUUAACUGAUGGUUCUGAUGUAGUCAGUGACCUUGAACAGGAAGAGAUGAAAAUCCUGAGGGAAGUUCUUAGAAAAUCAAAAGAGGAAUAUGACCUAGAAGAAGAAAGGAAGAGAAAAAAACAGGUAUCAGAGGCUAAUACAGAAGAAGCCCUAGUGCAUACUAGUGAAGCUGCGGAAAUGAGUAAUUCCCAAGGGUAUGGUGAACAUUUGGCACAGCCACCUUCAGAAGUUGAGGUGCAUUUUGCUAAUCCGUCAGCACAGCCUUUGGCAAGAAAUGCAAAAAUGUCACCUGAAACAUCCUCCCUCCCACAAAAAGGCCUGAUGAUUCCUGGGUUAGAACAUGUACGCAUUGAAGGACCAAUAGCAAAUUUGUCAGCACUUGGAACAGAAGAGCUGCGACAACGAGAACAGUAUCUCAAGCAGAAGAGAGAUAAGUUGAUGUCCAUGAGAAAGGAUAUAAGAAGUAAGCAGAUCCAAAAUUCAGAAGAGAAAGGAAAACCUACUGGGGAGGUAGAGGAAAUGACAGAGAAGCCAGAAAUGACAGCAGAGGAGAAGCAAACAUUAUUAAAGAGACGAAUGCUUGCAGAGAAACUUAAAGAAGAAGUUAUUAAUAAGUAAUUUAAAACAACUUAGCAAAAGUCCAAAUUUUUUAAAAAAUAAAUAAUUUAAUCCUUAAACCAAGAUUAGUUUCAAGUAAAUAUUCACUUUUGUAAAUGUAAAUAAGCUCAUUAUUACUAUGUUAAACAUUUGAUGUGAAGAGUAGUGGGGAAAGCAGCUACUUUGUACUCAUCAAUUUAGUACAAAUUUCUGGUGUUUUCUUGAGGAAAGAACAGCAUCAUUCUAACUUGGAUACUUAUUAUUUGUGUCAGGCCACAAUGUGUUAUGUGCCAAGGAUAUAGCAGUCAACCAAAUUAGUCUCUACCUUCACAGUGGUACAAUAGUGCUACAAAAAGCAAACUAUUAGAAAGGAAGUGCAGAAUACUAUAAGAGGGCUGGCUAGGCCUUCUUGAGCAAGUUAUGUUUAAGCUGACUGGAAGGCAUGAAAAGAAUAGUUUAGGUCUUGCAGCAGGAAAUACCACCACAUAUAACAUACAUAACUGAGGAAUUAGGAGUAUAUAUAGAAUGAGUAGAGAGGGUUAGCAUAUAAAAUUCAAGAUUGAAGAGGUACUAAUCAUGCAUUGUAAGAAAUGUGAAAAAAUUUAAAUUUUAUAAUAUGGAUAGUGGGAGAUUACAUGAUCACAAUUAUUUUCAUUUGAAAAGAUAUGCAGCUGCUGUAUGGACUAGUAGGUGGAAUAGAAUAGUUGUGGCUGUGUCAGGUAUGAGGAAAUCCAAAGAAUAGAUAUCUUGGGCAUUUAUCAUUACUUUUAAGGCGAGCCAAUUUGGACUUGAGAAAAUAGAGCAGAUACUUUGAAAACACCAGGAACAAUGGACUGUUAAGUACUGCUGGAUCAGGGAUUUAGCUCAGUGGUUCCUCCACCUGCUUUGCAAGCCAAAGGUCCCGAGUUCGCCCCUGGUAACAAAGAGAAGUACUGCUACUGGGUGUAGAUCUUUUAUAAGACCUUAGAAUAAUUUUCUGUAAUCUGUUUAAAGAUAACCAAAAUAUCCACUGUUGUUUCCACCAAAAUUUCUACCUUUUUCUAGUUACAGGACAACCAUGAAGUUUAAUUUAGAAUUUCAUUUUAUCCCCCUAUAACUAUAAAGUUAAAAAAGGAUACCAAAACUAAACAAAAUUUGCUUAUUUUAGCUACACAGUUCCCAAUGUUCAACUACAAAAAUCCUAGUAUUCUACAUGUUGCAUUUUUAUCAUUAUGGACAAGAAAAACUAGUGAUUAAAACACAGGAAUGUUUCAUGUAACUUUUUAUUAAAAAUAACAUAUUUGAUAUGUUCAGAAAUACUUCAAGGGGACCUAAGGUAUACAAAUGUGUACUCUGGCUUGCUUUACUGAGUGAUGAAAAGAUACAAAUAUCCUGACCUGACCUGUCUGAGGGUAGUCAUUCAAGACAGCAGCUAAUGUGGAAUCUUCAUAGUUGUGCUUCUAAGGUAUUUUUAUUCUCAUUGUGCAUGAAAACUGCCAUUCUGGAUUUCAAGAAAACAUUCAGAUUUGUACUUUAAGAGUUCUUAGGAUGAUGAGAAUGAUUUAAAAGCUUAAGACUCAUGACAGUUCUUCAGAAUAUUAAAGUCUUCAUAAAGUCCAAAUGUUGAUACUUCCUACUGCGAUUUAAAGUUAAAGAGUCAAGAGUAAACAGGAAAAUGUUUUAGUCUAGACUGCUUAGAUUAAGAAGGAAUUUAGUAAGAGGUAAAAAGUAGCGGCUCGAUAAAAUUUGAAAGAAAGCAUGAUCAUAUAGCAACUUUACUGAUGUUGGCUGAAAAUACCUUGACUCACAUGUUAUUAGAUGGAAGAUUUUCAUUAUAGGUACACCUUAAAGAGGUAAGAAUAAUUUCACGCUGUCAUGUUUUGGUGCUGAGAUUUUAUUCGCCCAAGGUUACCCUUUUGUAAGUCAUCAACAUCAAUGGUAUUUAAAGUGCAGUUAGCCUUAUCUGUUUAGGACGAUCUUUCAGAUUGGUAUAUGACCUAGUGAUUUAUAUAAUAAAUAUUUAUGGAUAAUUGUGACUUUUAAAAGAUAAUGUAAAAUGGACAUAUCUCAAAACAGUUAACUCAUAUUUACAAUAAAACAAACACAAACAUUAA